AUGAGUAACAGUAUACUAGUACUGAUAGUGGGCAUUCUGUUUUUCGUGUCGUGCACAUCAGCUGAUUAUGGGAAUGAUGGAGGUUUUUUACCUAGCCCCGGCUACCAAAGGACAGAGGAUCAGUUAGCGGAACCUUCCGCGAGGGUCGAAAAAAGCAGAGACGAUAGAGACAGCUCGGCGGAUAGAACGCAGAGGUUUGGGAUAUCAGCAUACGGAAGCACCGGUUCCCAGGGCGGUUAUGGUGGAUCAGCUCCGGGUCUCUAUGGACCAGUGAAAAUUGACCUGGGCGGUGUUUUAGUUGGAACCAUUUUAGGGUUCGGCGCUGUAAUUAUUUUGCCCAAGAUAAUAAAUGCUCUGUCUUAUGGAUAUGGGGGAGGUUACGCUAGAAGUAUUGAGACAGAUGUCGGUCAAAUAUCAGACAUGUUGAACAAGCUGGAUGAGACGCUCAGCAGAUACAACAUAGACUCAUCAGCUUGCACGCAACGUUUGGCGUGUUCCUACGUGCAGCUCGCGAACGAAAACAUGAUUACUGGUAACGCGACGGACUUUGAUGCGUUGCUGGCUUCACUGUCCAAAAACUCCCUGGUUCGUCGUAUGUUGGACGGCACGUCUAUUUUCGAGGCAAUAUCAGCUGGACGAUCCGUCGACAGUGACUGUCACGCCCUCUAUUCUAAGUGUAAGCUUGAUAAGAAGACAGUGGUAAAAAUAUUAACCCAGCUGGUACCAUCGUAA